AAGAAGAAGAAGAAGAAGAAGAAGAAGAAGAAGAAGAAGAAGAAGAAGAAGAAGAAGAAGAAGAAGAAAAAGAAGAAGCUACCAAACAUUUCUAAAGAGAUGUCUAUCAUCACAUGGAGUUUGAGGAGCUGCUGUAUGGCACAUUUGUGAUCCAAAUGGGGGAGAACCAAAUGUUGUGAUGUCCUGGAAGGCCUUACAAUAUAAUAAAGGAGAGGAGAAAAUUACAUCAACUUCUCAUUUUCACAUUUACUUGUAUGUAGUUACUGUAGACAAAUUCAAAAAAAUGUACAGUUAACCCUUUGAAAAGUCCCCAAAUCAUUCUAGAGACUAAUUGAUGUGGCAAAAAGAAGAUUGUUCUAUACUCAGUCUCUCUAAACCAUUGACCAUACAUCUUGUAGAAUGAGAGGCUGUUAAAUGUGAAUUUAGGUUUUUGAAUUACCAUUAGGCAAAAACAAUUUCUCUAGAAAGAGUCAUGCUUGCUAAUGAUACAUGUAACAGAACAGAUGGAGACAAUACAGAUUUUCGGUACUUUAUUUAUGCAGUGACAUACACUGUCAUUCUCAUGCCUGGUCUCAUAGGGAACAUAUUAGCCUUGUGGGUAUUUUAUGGCUAUAUGAAAGAAACCAAACGAGCUGUGAUAUUUAUGAUAAACUUAGCUAUUGCAGACCUAUUACAAGUUCUGUCCCUGCCACUGAGGAUCUUUUAUUACUUGAACCACGACUGGCCAUUUGGACCCGGUCUCUGCAUGUUCUGUUUCUACCUGAAGUAUGUUAACAUGUACGCAAGCAUCUACUUCUUAGUCUGCAUCAGUGUGCGAAGAUUUUGGUUUCUCAUGUAUCCUUUUCGCUUCAAUGACUGCAAACAAAAAUAUGACUUGUACAUUAGCAUUGCUGGAUGGAUGAUUAUCUGCCUUGCCUGUCUUCUCUUCCCUCUUCUCAGAACUAAUGGUGACACACCAGGCAACAGAACCAAAUGCUUUGUGGAUCUACCUACCAGAAACGUUAGUCUGGCUCAGUCUGUUGCCAUGAUGACUGUUGGUGAGUCAAUUGGAUUUGUGACUCCUCUUCUGAUUGUCCUGUACUGUACCUGGAAGACAGUUUUAUCACUCAAAGAUAAAUAUCCUGUUGCUCAAGACCUUGGAGAGAAAAAGAAAGCCUUGAAGAUGAUCUUAACCUGUACAGGGGUAUUCCUAAUUUGCUUUGCACCUUACCACUUCAGUUUUCCUUUAGAUUUUCUAGUCAAGUCCAAUGAAAUUAAAAGCUGCCUAGCCAGAAGAGUGAUUCUAAUAUUUCAUUCUGUGGCCCUAUGUCUUGCUAGUCUGAAUUCCUGCCUUGACCCAGUCAUAUACUAUUUCACCACUAAUGAGUUCAGAAGACGUCUUUCAAGACAAGACCUGCAUGAUAGCAUCCAACUCCAUACAAGAUCAUUUGUGAAUAGCCAUACCCCUUCUGACAUGGCAACUGAAUUAUGUUAAAUAAAGCCAAACUGAAUGUGGCCUGAAACACAAGUAUAGCAGAACACAUUCACAAUACUCCAAGCAACAGGGAAGGAAAUACUCACAGAAAGCCUUCACAACUUUUCAGUUAAGUUCUAUCUUGCCUGUAUGGGGGAUGUACAUCUUUAUAAAAGGACCUGUUUGGAGCAUUAUGUUCCACCAUCAUUGAUGUUGAUAUGUCCUGUAGUAAUUUGUCAUCUAGUCUUCAAGACUUAAACUAUAAAAUUUCAAUGACUUUCUAUACAAGCAUUUUUGCUCAACUGGAGUCCACAGUUUUGUGAACCUAAGUCACAAAGAGGUGAUUAGCUUGGGGCCACAGUAAGCACUUAAUUUUGUUUCUACAGAUAGAGUCUUGAUUUUCAGAAGUAUAAUUGUCUAUUUAUUGUAGCAAUGACAGUUUACAUUCCAACUUCAUAUUUUGGUUGUAUUUUAAGUAGUAUAGACAAUAUAUUGCUCUGUGUAAACAAAAUGUUAUAAUCACAAGAUCAUUUUUAUUUCUAUUGUGUGAUUAUACUCUGGGUUUGAAGACUCGAAAAGCUGUUUUCUUCAUUCAAUGUCAACAUGAAGCAUGAUCUAUCACACCUAGUUAUUGAAUGAAAUUUUGAACUCAGGUCUCUGGUAUGUUUAAACUAAAAACAAUUCACAGAUUCAUGUACUAUAAUCCUCUGUGAAUGUAUAAAAUGUCACAUUGAAUCCGUCUAGGGCAGGUAGUUUUCAUGAGCUUACCCGAGAUGACGCUAAGACCUCUAGACUCAGGGGAAAGCAGAUAGGUGACAAUCACAGUUGUGGCUCUCUUCAACUAUUUCCAAAGAACAGCUCUGGAGAUAUAUGAACCUGCCUAGUAGAGGAAUUUUUCAUCAUGUUUCCAGAGUGACAUUAAAGUCACUCUGACAGGUUACUGUACUUACUGAGCCUCUGGAAGAAAUAGUGCACUAAUUAAUCACUAAGCUUAAGACAGAAUAAAAAGAUAAGGCAAAGUCAAACUCAUCUCUUAAAAUCGUCACCACACUGUAUUUCUUGAAUUAUGCUGGGUGAUGGUUUUCAAACCAUCUCCACAAACCAGAGAAGGGUUUGGAGGCAUUCAGUCAUGUGGUCCUUUUAGCCUGCAUUGAAUUCUUUUUCCAGUCCAGCUUUGCCCAAGCCAUACCAUUCUGAAGCCUGCACAGCCUACCUCCCAAAAACUGGAGAGGGCAAUUCUUUCACAUUUUGAGAAAAGUACAGAAGAACAUUUUGGCAGUCUUGGGUACCCCUUAAAAUGCCUUGCCUGCUACCUGUUUGAUACUUUUAUGCAAGAGAAACCUGGGGUAUGAGUAAUAAUUCAACCUCAGGUUGUAUAUAUUAGAAUAUGCUGAGCCAUGGUUCAGCAAAAAUCUCCAACUUUUAAAAAAUGCUUUACUUAAAAUCUGUGGGAUAUGUAAUAAAGACACAUUUUACUUUUCAUCCAUAAUGAAUGCAGAAACAAGCAAGGUUUUUAUAUAUUUAGAGGAAGGGGAGGUUUUAGGCACACAGUUAUGAUACUAAUAUGUUUGGGGGAGGAGAAAUUGGUGAAAUCAAAAUGAACUCUAAUACAUCAGAUUAAUGGAAAGUUUU